AUGACAACGGCGUCGAGCAUUCUACCAUCGUAUCAGCGGUUCGUGAACGGUGUACCGGUGCCUCUGUUCUCGAGACGGUCGUUCCGCCCGCGUGAAAAGUAUCUGAUCCUGUUGGUGUUUUUGACGUUCGGUGUCGUGUGUUUCUGUACGUUCUUCUUUCUGCCGGAUUUCCGUGCGGGGACCAGCGGCGCCGCAGUGAACAGUGUUUACCGUGUGUACGAGCACAUGCAGAAAGCGGGACCGGAGCUGCUAAUACCGGCGCCACCUCGAUUACAGGGGGGCCUGAAGGGGUUCAUGGGUCAUCCGAAUGCCGUGCCAUUUGGGCACGAGGGCAUCGAUAAUCAGGAUGUGCAUCUUCUCGAAGACAAGCAGAAACUGCAGGUCCGCGCCUGUUUCCAAAUCUCGACGUCCCCUCCGAUUCUCUUUUCGAUUCUCGAUCUCGGUGCUCGACUCUCGAUCUCCUAG